AUGGCAUUUCAGCAAGAGGCCGUAGGAAAGCUGAGGGAGGAGCUCGGCCGCGGCUAUAAUCUCAGCGCCAAGCUUCUGGCGUUGCUCAACCAACCCAGCCACCUCCUCGAUUGCCGUGCCCAGGAGAUGGCUAUGGCGAUAAGCCAAGAGCUUUCUCAGGUGUUCAGGGCGUCUCUGUCGAUGCUCAAGCCCGGCGAUAGUAGUAGGGUGGCGGAAGGCAGGGCGACAGAGCCAGAGGCAGCGCUCACAGAGGAUAGCAUCGGCCAGCCCACUCCGGCGAAGGAUAAACGCAUCAGUGGAGAUGAGGUUACUCCCCCAAGAAUUGGUAAAGAAGAGGAGAUUACAGCCGAGCCUUACAAGGAUGGCUACAAAUGGAAAAAAUAUGGGCAAAAGAACAUUAAGAACAGAAAAUUUGCAAGGGGUAUAUUUGUUAGUGAUUUAACAGUCAAUAAGCUGUCAACCAACAAAAGGUUGUACUUCCGAUGCAUGCAUAGCCAUGAGCGCGGCUGCUGGGCCAAGAAGCAGCUGCAGCAGGAGGAUAGCAGCAUCGGCAGCCCUCCAUUGUACAAGGUCACCUACCUGAACGAUCACACGUGCCACCAAGUGUUUCCCAUAGUGAACAUCACCAGUGCAAAUUUACCCGCGACGAGCACUACGACAAGGAACGGCGCCCAGUUUGCUCCUGCAUGCCGCCACCUCCACGACGGCGGGAACGGCGAAUUAGAGGACAUAAUCAUGACCUCGACCUUCACCACGGUCAUCGGCGGAGCUGCAUAUGCUGCUCCGUCUUCGACGCCCUUGCCUUCGCUGCCGCCAAUGGACGAGAGCCCGAGCGAUCUGGCGUCGUACGAAGCGGGUGGCGGACAGUCGCCGAGCCUGCUGGACUUGAGCCUGGGCCUGGACGAGGCGAUGAUGGACGAGAUGUAUUUCUCAUGCGGUUCGCCAUUUCCUCCCGUCGAGGCACCCGCAGCUCCAUGGUCGUUGUCGUCCUUGCCGCCGCUGCCGCCCAUGGAAGCGAGCUCGGUUGGUCCGGCGGCGUACAUGCCGUCCCGGGGUGGACACUCAAUGAGCCUGGACGCGAUGACGAUGACGGAGAUUUUUCUCUGGAGCAGCCCGCUGUUUUCUCCACGUUGAUGCAGCUGCAGCUCAGCCAAUCAGGCACGACGCCCAUGGCUGUCGCCGGCCGGUUAUCACGCGCACACCGUCAGCAUGGCCAGAGUACAAGCGAACAGUGGUACAAGCAAAACAUACAGUAAUUAGUGAUUACGUAGUUACAUGGAAGCGACGUGCAUCUCCGUGUGAAAGUUUGUGGUAAUAUGCAGUGAGUUCAGAACUUCAGAUACAGAUCUUGUUGAGACGCACGGCUUAAACGGGCUACUCAUAGUCUGUACCUAGCUAGCAAGUUUCUACCUAGCUAGGGUGUCCUGCUUUACUUUAGUGAUGAAACUUGAUGUUGAUGAAUCGAAGUUGCGAGUAA